UCGUUCAUACACAAAAAUGGCGCAUCGAUUGGUCCAGCGCGAAUGAACAGCUUUCGCUUUCCUUUUUGCAAAGGAAGAAGAAGUUCAUCGCCUGAAAAAACAUUCAUGGGAACAAGCAAAGAAUAAAUCUACUCAACAGAAGAGAGAAGAGGCACGGAUCUCCAGAAACACCCACCAGCUUGUUCCUUCUCGUGCUCUCCGCGCUGUUCCCCGGGCCGCCGCGUCGCUCCAAGAAGCCAGCGGCACCAAAGCCCUGUGCCGAGUGAGUGAGGGAUAGCAGAGCAGGAGCGUCCCGUGAAGCCUCCUGGGGCCCGAGGAAGCGGUGGCCUCAGCUCCGAAGCAGCUCGCCCGACCGCCGGAUCUCCCGGCCUCCCGCGCGCGCCGGCGCGGCUCUCCCGAUUGGUUGCCGACGCCUGACGGGGACUGAGUGGUUGGUGGAGGAAGGGGAAAGGUAAGGAAGCAUGGCGGCGAGGCAUCUCCUCCUUCUCGCGCUUGUCUGCCUACAUGCUCCGCACUCGGCUUCGGCUCAGCAGCCGGAGGAGGCGACGGUCAUAGUUAAAGGAUCCACUAAAAUUGCUGUGACGGAUGUGAAUUACAUCUGCGCCACCAUUGACUGGUGGCCGCCGGAGAAGUGCAACUACAAUCAGUGCCCAUGGGGCCAAUCUUCCAUUCUGAAUUUGGAUUUGGAUCACCCCUUUCUGGCUCAAGCCAUUCAAGAAUUUCAUAAUUUGAGGAUUAGGCUGGGAGGCUCUUUGCAAGACCGAGUUGUUUACGAUGUUGGGACAAAUAGUCCGUGCUCUCCAUUCACAAAUGUGUCAAAUGGUUUGUUUGGUUUUUCAGCCGGUUGUCUAAGUAUGGAUAGGUGGGAUAAACUGAAUGAUCUAUUCCAAAAAACAGGAGCAAUUAUCACAUUUGGUCUGAAUGCACUCCAUGGAAGGUAUAAUGUCCAACGUUCCUUCUGGGCAGGGAAGUGGAACUCUACAAACACCUAUGAUUUUGUCGAAUACACAAUCUCAAAAGGAUAUCCAGUUGACUCGUGGGAAUUCGGUAAUGAGCUGAGUGGGCAUGGAACCGGGGCAAGAGUUGACGCCAAACUUUAUGGAAAGGAUGUAAUUGAACUUAAAUCCAUACUCCGGCAGUUGUAUAGGACACCGCUCUCCCAGCCACUCCUGUUAGCCCCUGGAGGAUUCUUUGAUCAACAGUGGUACACCCAGUUACUUCAGACUUCAGGUCACGGUGUUGUUAAUGCCUUGACGCAUCACAUUUACAAUCUUGGUGGAGGGGAUGAUGUCCACCUUAUGAGGAAGAUAGUAGAUCCUAAGUACCUAGAUCGUGCUGAAGACACUUACCGGGACAUGCAACUUACCCUUCAAAGGCAUGGAACAUGGGCUUCUUCUUGGGUUAGUGAAAGCGGUGGGGUGUUCAACAAUGGCCGUCAACUGGUGUCAAAUACUUUCAUGAACAGCAUCUGGUACCUCGAUCAACUUGGAAUGGCAUCGAAGUACAACACAAAAGUGUUCUGCAGGCAGACUCUCAUCGGUGGCAACUACGGUCUGCUUGACACGCAGACGUUCUUGCCAAAUCCUGAUUACUACAGUGCUCUGCUAUGGCAUCGGCUUAUGGGCAAUGGAGUUCUGUCAGUCGAUAUAAAUGCACCGCGUAAGCUGCGUGCUUAUGCCCACUGCAGCAAGCGACACAAAGGGAUCACGCUCCUCCUGAUCAAUCUGAGCAACAGCACCGUGUACAAUGUGACCCUCCAGAACGACCUCAACGUGAGCGUCGAGAGGAGAACUGGCCACCGGAGGCGCAGCGGCGGCCUGAGAAGAGCAGUGUCAUGGCUGGGAAGCAAGCAGUCGAGCGAGAGCACGAAGAGGGACGAGUACCAUUUGACCGCCAAGGACGGCGACCACCAGAGCAGGACGAUGCUGCUCAACGGCGUCCCGCUGGAGCUGGGAGACGACGGCGGCGUGCCGGCCCUGAACCCGGUGCCCGCCGGCGUGGAUUCGCCCGUGCACCUGGCCCCGACGUCGAUCGCCUUUGUGGUCCUGCCGAGGUUCGAGGCCAAAGCCUGUUCUUGAGGGAAGAAGGUUUUUUGUUCAUUUUGUGGUGUGGAGAUAUAAUCGUAUAAAAGAGGAAAACGAGCAGAAGUAUAUCAAUGCAAACAUUCAAAGAGCUUGCCAAGGCUUUAUUUAUAAAUUAAAAGUUUUAA